CCCUCCCAGCAGAAGGCUGACAGUCUGCCCUCCACUGAGCUGGAACUGAACAUGGGGACCUGUAGACUCUGCCAAGUCCACUGUGAGGCCAAAGACUGGAGGCUGGACUCAACCAGGGGUUCUUGAACUUCAAGAGCCUGGUGAAAGCUAUGAGCCGCUCCCCUGUCCCUCCAAAAUCACACACACACACUGUUAUACAAUAUCAGGGGGUGCAGCACCCCUAAGCUAGGUGACAUUAUGGUCCUCUCCAGCGCUGCCCUUCUAGGAGCCAGAGAAGCCCUCAUUAGACUCCACCCUAAGUGCUUCCUGCUGCCGCAGACAAGUAGACCACAGUCUCCUGUCCUCUGACGUCAGCCCAGCCCGUCUCUCUGUGUAGCCAUGAGAGCUGCCUACCUCUUCCUGCUCUUCCUGCCUGCAGGCCUGCUGGCUCAGGGGCAAUAUGACCUGGACCCAUUGCCGCCAUUCCCAGACCACGUCCAGUAUACCCACUAUAGCGACCAGAUCGACAACCCGGACUACUAUGAUUAUCAAGAGGCAACUCCUCGGCCCUCCGAGGAACAGUUCCAGUUCCAGUCCCAGCAGCAAGUCCAACAGGAAGUCAUCCCGGCCCCCACCUUUGAGCCAGGAAAUGCAGACACGGAGCCCACGGAGCCCGGGCCUCUUGACUGCCACGAGGAGCAGUACCCCUGCACCCGCCUCUACUCCAUACACAAGCCCUGUAAACAGUGUCUCAACGAGGUCUGCUUCUACAGCCUCCGCCGAAUGUAUGUCAUCAACAAGGAGAUCUGUGUCCGCACAGUCUGUGCCCACGAGGAGCUCCUCCGAGCUGACCUGUGUCGGGACAAGUUCUCCAAAUGUGGUGUGAUGGCCAGCAGCGGCCUGUGCCAAUCUGUGGCAGCCUCCUGUGCCAGGAGCUGUGGGGGCUGCUAGGGUGGAGCAGGCACCCUGAGCCCUGGCCCCUCCUCGGAUCUGGGGCCCUCAGGCCCUGCCUGACCUGGUGCUUUUCUCCCCAGCCUGACAUCCCUUUUAUUCUGUCAAGUUAGUGGACUGAGACGCUGGGGGUUGCCUCCGGCCCCUCCUCCAGCCUGUGGCCACAGUGGGGACUCCCCACUGCCCGGUCUUCGCCCCCAGGUGGGGGGCCUCCCAGGCCUCUUGGUGGAACCUGGGCCUCCAAUGUGCCUUCUCAGUCCCUCUGAGGUAGGCUAUGCUCCUCACCCCAGCUGGUCUGCUUGGGUUCCCUACAGCCCCCCGGGCAUAGACCACCUCUGUUUUAUACAAAAUUAAAAACAAGUUUUU